AAAGCUUGAUAGGAAGCCGCGCAGCGGUGCCACGCGCAGCGGUGCCAUGGAAAUUCACAAGCCAGAUGCACACCGUCGAGAGUACGCGUACUUCGAGCUGCCCAACCAACUCAAGGUGGUUGUUGGAUCAGAUCCUCACUGUGACAAGGCUGGCGCAGCCCUAACGGUGAAUACCGGCCUUUGCGAUGAGAGAAAGGACUUGCCUGGCUUGGCGCAUUUCCUGGAGCAUAUGCUCUUCACUGGAACCAAGAAAUACCCAAAAGAAGGAGAGUAUAGUGAGUUCGUGAAGCAGAACGGUGGAACGACCAAUGCGAACACGGGCUGCUAUACCACCAACUACAUGUUUCAGGUGAAAGUCGAAGCCUUGGAGGAGACCUUGGACCGCUUCGCUCGCUUCUUCUCGGAGCCGCUGCUCACCAAGGACUGCACAGACAGGGAAAUCAACGCAGUGGACUCCGAGUUUCAAGCAGGUCUGACGCAUCCUGCCUGGCGGGAUAUUGGUAUCUUAAACAUGAGCGCCAAUCCGGCUCACCCCUUUCACGUCGCCUGCGGCAACAACAAGAUGCUGCGGGACGAUCCCAAAGAGAAAGGUUUGGAUCUGUACGAGGAGAUGUUGAAGUUUUACAGAGACUUCUACUCCGCCAAUGGCAUGACUUUGUCCGUCAUCGGCAAGGAGAGCAUCCCAGAGUUAGAGGCCAUGAUUCGAGAGAAGUUCUCUGUGAUCGUGAACAAGAACUUGUCUCUGCCCCGAGGCGAUGCCGUGAGCGACCAGCCGCCCUUCUUGCCAAAGGAGUGGAACCGCUUGCUCCUGCAGUCGCCUGUGAAGGAUGUGAAAACGUUGAAGUUCAGUUGGGUCCUACCCUGGCAAGCACCGUUGUGGCGGAGCAAGCCCAAGGCCUAUGCCACCCACUUACUGGGCCACGAGGGUUCCGGCUCGCUGACUGCCCGCCUCAAGGAGCGCGGGCUCAUCGCCAGCUGCGUCUCCUCUGGUGGUGGUUGGUUAGAGGGUGCCUUCUCCUUGCUGCACGUGCAGUUUGUGCUCACCGACGGUGCUGUACACGAGGUCGAGGAGAUUGGCAAGCUCCUCUUCACCUACAUUGGCAUGUUGCAGAAGGUGGGAGCGAAGCAGUGGAUCUUAGAAGAGAUGCAGCGCUUGCAUCGGAUCCAAUUCAAAUUCAUGCCCGACCGGCAGCCUUUUUCCUUGGCUGCCAGCAUUGCAGCCAACCUGCAGGUACAUCCGCCUGCAGAGGUGCUCAGUGGUCCAGUCUUAAUCUAUGACCUGGACGUGACGGGGGCCCAAGAGAUUCUGGAGCGCCUCACCUUGGAGGCCGUGCGGGUGACGCACCAGGCCAAGGUGCUGGAGGAGCGCUGUACGGAGCGCGAUAGCAGCUACGACUCCCCCAUGAAGUUCGAGGAACUUCCGGAUGCCUGGAGAGAAAGCUGGUGCAACGCCUUGCAUGCAGGCAGCACCGCGGAGGAGGCGGUGAAGGCCGCGGAGGCGGUGGGGCUUCAUCUGCCGCAUCCCAAUCCAUUCAUCCCUGAGGACCUGGAUUUGAAGGCACUGGCCACGCCGAACCCUGUGUUGCCGCGGCGACUGCAGGGGGGGGAGGUCACCCGGUACCUCUUCCAUCGGCAAGACGACGUGUUCUUACAGCCCAAGGCCCUCUUCCUUUGCGUCAUCCGUUCAUCGCUGAUGCCGAGCACUGCCAUGAACGCCUUGCGUGCCACAGUCUACACACAUAUUGUGCAAGAGGCGCUGAGUGAAUAUUCCUACGACGCAGACAUUGCCAACUGCUCUUACAGCUUGGACAUCGGCGAGGGGAGUAUCAUCUUCAUGGCUGGAGGCUUCCACGACAAGUUGGGCGUUUUGAUCCAGGCCGUGGCGCAGAAGAUGGUUGAGAUCGGGACAUCGUCUCUGGACUCCGUGCCCGAGAACUACUACCGCAUUGUGGUCGAUCGCCUGAGAGACGGCUUGCGGAACCAGGCCUUUCACUCGCAGCCCCUCUCCCAAGCGAAGCUGCGCUUCAACGAGCUCAGCCGGCGGGUGGGUGUCUUCGCACCAGAGGAGUUCUUAAAGGAAUUGGAACUCCUCACGCGCGAGAAGAUCUGUGGCAUCGUAUCGGAGCUCUUCAGCUGCUGUCACGCUGAGGCGAUGAUCGCGGGGAAUCAAACGCCGGAGGAUGCACAGAAGCUGGUACGAGACCUGGAGGAGACCCUCAAGAUCCCCAGCACCAUGCAGGAGCUGAAAACGAUCGAAGAGGCCGCCGUCCCCAGCGGUCGCACGCUGUGGAACUUGGAGAGCACGGAUAAGGACGACCCGAACCACGCGGUCGUGGCGAAGUGGCAACUGAGCCGAGGAGUGCGAGAAGCUUGCUUCCUGCAGAUUGUCAACAAGAUCUUGAGCCCCAAGUUCUUCGAUAUUCUCAGGACACAACAGCAACUGGGAUAUGUGGUGGGCAUGGGAAUCGGCCCCUCGACGCACUUCAACUUCCUCACAGCCCAGGUGCAGACGGAGUUCCCUCCGGACUAUGUGCGCUCACGCAUCGAUGCCUUUUUCGAAGAGCACUUCAAGUGGUUGGAGGAGGGCUUGGAGGAGGAGGAGUUCCAGACAUGUCUGAAGGGUGCCCUGUCAGAGCUGCAGAUGAAACCAAAGAAUCUCUCAGAAGAGUUUGGCCGCUACCAGUCGGAGUUCUUCCAGCGGACCUACGACUUUGACCGACGGGACCGGAAGAUCCAGUUCUUGGAGAGCGGCCAAGUGACCUUGCAAAGCCUCCGCGCCUUCGUUGCCGAGAUCCGAGCGGCGCCGCUCUUCUACGUGCAGGUCCGAAAGGUGCUGGACAAGGAAGACAAGCCGCUCCCGGAGAACGCCGUGGUGCCCAAGGACCCUCCGGAUCUUCGCAUCUUGCAGGGCUAUGAAGAAGGCCGCCAGCAGCGAGACGAGCUCUUCAGGACUAAAGAACGGCGGAGCAAGACAUUCAAGGAGUCUCUGAAGGAUGGAACGAAAUUCCGGGCAAACAUCUCCAACGAGCAUCCCCCAUGGUUCAACCUCUCAGUUUUGUGUGUGCAAGAGGUUGUUCGCCACCUUUGAGCUCGGGUUCUUGCUGGAACCUCAGGACCUGGUUGCCGAUCAACAACAAGAUCGAACUCAUGACGUGAUGGACCAGGUGUUUUUCCCGUGGUGACUGGUGGAAAGAGAAGGAUCCGAGCGUUUGAAGGUUGGGAGAGAGAAAGAUCUGAGCGAAGUCAUGGGGUCAAGAUGGGAGAAGACUUUGGCACAGCUCCUUCUGAACUUCAACUAAGCCAUUGACAAAGAUUGUGUUUCUUUAGGACACUUCUCUUCCCUCCAGUGCUGCGGAAAGCCAUCCGCCAAUAGCGCUUGUGUCUUUUUGGGAGUGCCACCUCCCAAGAACGGAGCGCUUUGUUGGGGAGGUUGGAAAGCUUACUGUAAUUCCUUUGAGCACCUUUUUACCGCCCAAAGUCCUCGCUUCGCAAACAGAAGCGAGGGUAUAGCCAACUUCAUGCUGCUCAACAGUGGAAGUUUGAGACACCGCGGCGGUUUUCAUGAGACGGACAUCAACUGGAAGUUCUGGCGCAGAUGAGAGGAUUGCUGAGGUCUGCUCAAAAGUACCCGUGGGGUUCCUAUUUAUUCCACACAUUUGCCGAGAUCCAGCAUUCCAAGUCACUUGCUACAUGGAGGGCAAGGCAGGGUGUAAGACAGGGUAAGAGCUGCAUCCAACUAUGAACUCCCUUCCCAACCCUUUGCCAGGACCUUGGCUUUGCCGCAUCCGCAGUGAGACUCCGGUCAACGCCACGAACAGGGUGGCUCCGGUGAUGUUCGCGGCUGUGGAUGGCGGGCGCAAAGAAGGCUGCUCCAGAAAGGGAUGCGGUCAAGCUGGG